UGUUUUCAAACAUUGAAUGCAUUUAUUUUGAAACCGAGUUUUUAAUUGAAAUAAUAUUUAAAUUGUAUUUUUGUGUGGUUUUAGUGGCGAAGACAUGAGACACACGAGGAUUGCGAAGAGUCGGAGACACAAGAAGUUUAAAUGUGUGGACAACUCAUCCGAAGAUCUCAUCGACAGACAAGUCAACCAAAACAAUACAAGGGAUCAAACGAUUUCGAGGAAAUGGCAGCAAAUCUUGGAUUUAAAGCAACAAAUGAUACAAAAGAAUAGAAACAAGAAGAAGAAGAAGAAGACCAACAAUGAGUUGAUUUCAAUAAGGACAGCGAAAUCGGAUCCCAUAGAGAAAGGAAUGACAAGAAGUGCUAAACAACUGCCGGAAGUGAUAGAACAGGGAUUAUACGAAAGUCAGUCACAUUUCAUAAGCCGUUUGUCCAAAAUGUCGGCCAAAGCUAAGGCUGAGGCCAAUAUUGAGGACCGGUUUGACGUCGACUUCUGCCAAAAGUUAGACACAAAUGACUCCAAAGCCGAUGAGAAGACCGAUAAGAAUAAAACGCCUAAAAAUAAUAAACGAAAGAAACAAAAAGUGAAACAAAAUGAGAGACAAAAUGAGAGACAAAAUGAGAAACAACAGAAAAUUGGUGGCAAACGAAGGAAAGAGGACUCUUUCGCACAUUUGAAAGACAGCUUUGUAUUCGGCGAACGAGUGGCCGAACCGCCAGUCUUUGACUCAAUUAAAUUCAAACCUAAAUUAUUAAAGAAACAAUAA